UUCACCAAAGAGGACGAGGACAGUUUUGCCGUAUUUGCUACUUAUUGUGGAUUAGCACUGGAUCAUGCCAGGUUAUACGAAAAGAUACACAAAUCUGAGGAGAAAUACAAAGUGGCGUUAGAAGUGCUAUCAUAUCAUAACACGUGUACUAAUGACGAGUUAAUUACAAUUAAGUCGUUGCCAUUGGACUCAAUGCCCGAUGAAACUGACCCCGCAUUCUCGCCCUACACCCUAUCCAACGACGAGAAGGUGCUCUCAUCAGUCAAACUGAUCCAGUCGUUCAGCGGGGUAACCAAGUGCGAGGUGGACGACAUCUACCGGUUCACUUUGACCGUGCGCAAAAAUUACCGCAAAGUGCCCUACCACAAUUGGACCCACGGCUACAGCGUGGCCCAAACCAUAUACCGGUUCACUCGGGACUGUCCCGGGUUUACACCUAUGGAGAAGUUCUCGUUUUUCGUGUCCGGCCUGUGCCACGACCUGGAUCACAGGGGCACUAAUAAUCAAUCGCCGUGUGAGCAAAACGGAAUGAAUGUAUUGAAAAACAUGUCGUCAGAGGACUAUAAGACUGUUUUGGCGAAUAUUAAACACUAUAUUCUGGCCACAGAUAUGGCUAAGUAUUUCGCUAAUAAGAAAAAGUUGGACACCAUUGCCAGCAACGGGGUGUUUGACUGGUGUAACCCGGAUCAUAAAUUAUUACUGUCAUCCCUGGCCAUGAACGGGGCUGACCUGAACUCGACAGCCCUUCCCUGGGCUGAGACUCGCGUGAAGACCAAAGAGCUAUUCGAGGAGUUCUACGCGAUGGGCGACAGCGAGCGCCAGGCGGGCCGGGAGCCCAUCGCCCUCAUGGAUAGGCUCAAAAUAGACGAACAGCCCCGCACUCAAGUGGAGUUCCUUGAUAACAUAUCCAUACCGUGUCUCAAGUUGGUCACCAUUUUUCAAAUGACUUUUCGCGUGAGUCUUCAGAUUAGACUUUUGGUGAAAACUUUUGCGGCAAUCCUUAUAAUCACAAACAAACGUCUUUUCGCCGGAAUGGAUGCGUUUGUGUUGAGCGAGGUUUACGUUUUGGGCGAACCCUUUGCCGCAACCCUCGUAAUCGCAUACAAAUUGCUUCACAUCCGAGUGAAUCAGUUGAUGUCGUUUCAGAGUAGCCUUAUAUUGAAAACUUUUCCCGCAAUCCUUGUAAUCACAUAUUAG